UCUUCAAGGUGUCCACAUGGACCAAACAGUACACGGCGUCAUCCCACAGAGACAUCCCUGCCAUGAAUGAGCUCUCCGCGUGGUUGAUGAGCAAUCUGCCCGCCGACGAUCAGGAAGUCACGCUGGUCCACGGAGAUUUCCGAGUGGACAACUUGGUAUUCCAUCCCACCGAGGCUCGUGUGUUGGCAGUGCUGGACUGGGAGCUGUCUACCACUGGGCAGCCUCUGGCAGACCUGGCAUAUUUCCUCAUGCCUCACUACUGGCCCUUAGGCCUCAACAUUCUGAGCUCUAUGGGUAGCUUGAAAGGAAUAGAAGGUAUUCCCACAGUGGACGACCUGAUUUCCGUUUACAGACGCUGCCGUGGGAUCCCGUCCACUUUGCCGAGCUUAAAUUUCUACUUGGCGCUCUCCUUGUUCAAGAUGGCAGGAAUCGCUCAGGUAUUGGUGGCUCUGGCUUGUAUGGGAAACUUAUAAAUGAGUCUGAGAUUAGCAAGA